CCUUUGCUCCGUACCUCCAGCCGCAGCCGCACGCCCGGCGCCGAUCCCCGCACCAUGAGCUUCGGCUCGGAGCACUACCUGUGCUCCGCCUCCUCCUACCGCAAGGUGUUCGGGGACGGCUCUCGCCUGUCCGCGCGCCUCUCCGGGGCAGGCGGCGCAGGCGGCUUCCGCUCGCAGUCGCUGACCCGCUGCAAUGUGGCCUCCUCGGGCGCCUGCUCCUCGGCCUCGUCCCUCGGCCUGGGCCUGGCCUACCGCCGGCUACCGGCGUCCGACGGUCUGGACCUGAGUCAAGCGGCGGCGCGUACCAACGAGUACAAGAUCAUCCGCACCAACGAGAAGGAGCAGCUGCAGGGCCUCAACGACCGCUUCGCCGUGUUCAUCGAGAAGGUGCACCAGCUGGAGACGCAGAACCGGGCGCUCGAGGCCGAGCUGGCCGCGCUGCGGCAGCGCCACGCCGAGCCGUCGCGCGUCGGCGAGCUCUUCCAGCGCGAGCUGCGCGACCUGCGCGCGCAGCUGGAAGAGGCGAGCUCGGCGCGCGCGCAGGCCCUGCUGGAGCGCGACGGGCUGGCCGAGGAGGUGCAGCGGCUGCGGGCCCGCUGCGAGGAGGAGAGCCGCGGGCGCGAGGGCGCCGAGCGCGCCCUGAAGGCGCAGCAGCGCGACGUGGACGGCGCCACGCUGGCCCGCCUGGACCUGGAGAAGAAGGUGGAGUCGCUGCUGGACGAGCUGGCCUUCGUGCGCCAGGUGCACGACGAGGAGGUAGCCGAGCUGCUGGCCACGCUGCAGGCGUCGUCGCAGGCCGCGGCCGAGGUGGACGUGGCUGUGGCUAAACCAGACCUGAGUUCGGCGCUGAGGGAGAUCCGCGCCCAGUAUGAGUCCCUGGCCGCUAAGAAUCUCCAGUCCGCCGAGGAGUGGUACAAGUCCAAGUUCGCCAACCUGAACGAGCAGGCAGCGCGCAGCACCGAGGCCAUCCGGGCCAGCCGCGAGGAGAUCCACGAGUACCGGCGCCAACUACAGGCACGCACCAUCGAGAUCGAGGGCCUGCGCGGGGCCAACGAGUCUUUGGAGAGGCAGAUCCUGGAACUGGAGGAGAGGCACAGCGCUGAGGUGGCCGGUUACCAGGAUAGCAUUGGGCAGCUGGAGAAUGAUCUGAGAAACACCAAGAGUGAGAUGGCACGCCACCUCCGGGAAUACCAGGACUUGCUCAAUGUCAAAAUGGCACUUGACAUUGAGAUAGCAGCUUACAGGAAACUACUGGAAGGCGAAGAGACACGUUUUAGCACCAGUGGAUUAAGCAUUUCAGGGCUGAAUCCACUUCCCAAUCCAAGUUAUCUGCUCCCGCCUAGAAUCCUCAGUUCCACAACCUCCAAAGUCUCAUCCUCUGGGCUGUCACUUAAGAAAGAGGAGGAGGAAGAGGAGGCAUCUAAGGUAGCCUCCAAGAAAACCUCCCAAAUAGGGGAAAGUUUUGAAGAAAUAUUGGAGGAGACAGUGAUAUCGACUAAGAAAACCGAGAAAUCGAAUAUAGAAGAAAGCACCAUUUCAAGCCAAAAAAUAUAAUUCUGUUGCUUAAAAGGGAAUAAUAUGCAUUUGACUUGUUAAAACAGCCUAUUCCUGAACCAUAACGCCUGUCACCACUAUAAAAUGUCUUCAAGGCUUCAAUUUCAUAUUUAGGACAGAACACUUAUUUCUCUAAUAAAAAAAAAAAAAUCACCCCUUAGGUUGGAGUACACUGCAGUCCUGGAGCAAUCACAGGGAAGUUAUCUAAGAACACAGCUUUCUCACCUAAAGUUCAAGCUUCACAGUGACAGAUGAGUCAGCCACAGAGGAAGCACACACUAAAGUGCUAAAUCUGUGAUCCCCAUCAUUUGCUGUGAACUGAAAUUAAAACCUAUAUUCACUCACCAUACCCAGCUAUCACCCCUCUCUGUAAUCUUAUUCUAGGUACCCAAAACAUAAGAUCACUGCCAAUGAUAAACCAAUGGUCCACAUCCAAUUCCGUUGAUAGAACCAAGUCACAAUGAUAGGUGUUUAAUGGACACUUUCCAUCCCACCUCCCUAAAGUCUGCAUAUCUGUUCUUUCAUCCAGGAAAAUAAGUCUAGUGUAGUAUUCUUCCCUUAAAAUGUGUUUAACAUUUUAAAUUCUUCUCAAAAUAAUUUACCCUCUUUAGCUCUCUUUGCUCAUGGGUUAAAAUUAGAUGCAUGUUAUGCUGAUUCGUGUAACGACUUAGCCCUGCCCAUUUCAUAUCCUUUCAAUUGUGUAGGUUAAAAAAAAAAAUGGCAGUGAUGAAUUUUAAGAAUUCCCCCAACAAAUAUGAUAAUGAAAAAGAUUCUUAGAUUUUAGGCUUUCACCAGAUUUUAAAUCCAUUAACUAGGGGGAAAAAACUUCUAAGAACGUAGCUUUUCACCUUACCUUUAGAGGCAACGUAAUAGUAACCCAAGCUGUGAUUAAGCUGACCUUAGAUUUAGUAGUAUAAGCUAGAAGACCUACGAGUAUUUCUAUGAACAGGAAAAGUCAAGGUCUCAUUUCCUCUGUCAGUUCAUUUGUGGUGAAUUAGAAUUAGAAUUAGCUUUUUCAUGCCUUUACCCUUAGAAUCCACGUCUCCCCUCCCCACUAGUCUAGGUCCUAAAGAGGCCUUGCUUUCACUUUGCUAUGCCUUUAAGAAUGCUAAUGUGUAAGGCAUUUUUAUCACCAGGACACAAUGCUACUGCCCAAGAGUAAAAGAAACCACUUCUGGUCAAUCAACACCACCAGCAAAUCUAACAAAGAAAUCUCUUCUGAAAGCCUCAUCCCAACAUUGUCCCCACUGCUGCAUGCUUGGCAGGGUCUCCCCUUGCUGCUGGGGAGGAAGACACUCUGCCCGGAGGAGAAGUGCACGUGCUCCUCCUCACUCACUACGAGGGAGAACUCUGGAGGAGCCAGCUUGUCAUCCGCCCAGCUGUGCAGCCUCUGCAUUGCCCAGACCUCCACAUGUGCCAAGUUUGAUGCUGGAUUUGUUCCCUGUCUCUGUGCCACAUCUUCGGGAAGAGCUCUGUGGUGAUGAGGACGCAAUGCUUCCAGUGAACUUUCUUAUCCUCGCACAUGCUUCAAUAGUUUGAGGAACUUGAUACUUUUCUCUGUUUCCUUUCCCUUAGCCCAGCCCUGUCUUUUCCCCUCACAUUUCCUGUAAGACAAUUAGUGAAAUAAAAAAUUAAAAGUCACGAA